CAGGUUGUAAGAUAAUUUUGAUUGCAGCUAGCUAGCUAGCCAGGUCACAUGAACUUGGAAGAACUGGAGCUGCAGGAUGAAUGUCGUUUUUUGUCAAUGAAGCUACCGCACAAGGCGUUUUUGCAAGGUCUUUCAGAAAGGAAGGCUCUUGACCCAGGUUUCGUUUACGACAUUCAGCCGAGCUCAAGGUGUUGGCCACUCCAGGGGACUUGAACUAUAGCACGAUUUCUGUCAAGUUUCCUGAGAAGACUCAUGUUUCCGUUUACCGUUUAAAGUUCAUGGAACAGUCACUGAUGUUGGCUUUUCAAGUUACCAUGCCAUAGUUUCGCCAUUCAAGGGCGGUUAUGUGAAAGUUGAGCAGCGGAUCUCUGAACUUCUUCAAAGCUAAUCAGAAGCUUUCUUACAAAGUGACCUUUACUACAAAGACUAAGCAGACGGAACCUGAGUUUGGAGGCUUGGCAUGGAGGGUGCUGAUAUGAGUCAUAGUCUGGGAUUUUUUUUGACAUGAAUGAAUCUCAAUGGAUGGUUUUAUUGCUUUUGAUGAAUAAACAAUUUUUCUGUAAACAGCCUUUAAUUUUAAGCUCACUCAAUCCAUAUUUUGUCCAGUGGUGGUUAAUUAUCCCCUCUCCAUGAUCAUCUAGCUUGUCUGAUGACUAGAACAGAAGCAAACCAAUGUCAUGUGUAGUGAGAUGAAAUAUGAAAUUCAUAUGAAGAUCAAAUCUGAAUCUUGAUCAGAACAAGUUCAUAGCUGCUCAAAAUUCAGGAAUCCUCCGACUUUACAAUUCUUUGUGAGAGUCUUUGAAAAAUGGGCUGAUUGGAUGUUCUUGUACUCAUCGUUAAUGGGCCACAUACAAAUCCAAAUAUGAGUACUUCCACUUAAUUGGAUCAUGGGUCGUUAGAAUAUGUGGGCCUUAAAAUAUUCGAAAAGAGAACUAGAGAAGCACCCCCAUAUCUCGUUGUGAUUUGAUUUCCUGGGUCCAUUUCUGACCAUAAGUCAAAACCAGUCCAACGGAAGAGCAAAACUUGCAGUAUCAGGCUCUUGAAUGCAAUUACAAGAUGGAACAUUAGUUUCAAUUCUGGACUAAUUGAUGGCUUCUUCUCCUACAAAAUCCGGCGGUCCCAGGAAGUAUGAUGUGUUCCUCCGUUUUAGAGGAGAAGACACCGGCAAGAUCUUUGUCGGCCAUCUUUACAGAGCUCUGCAACAGAAAGCAAUCAACGCCUUCAUCGAUUCUGAAGGGCUCACUAAAGGCAGCAAGAUUUCAGAGCUACUCACAUCUAUUGAGGACUCGAGGCUUUCGGUUGUAGUUUUAUCUCAAAACUAUGCAUCUUCCACUUGGUGCUUAAAAGAGCUCGUCAAAAUCCUGGAUUGGAUGGACACGAAGAAGCAGAUAGUGGUGCCUAUCUUCUACCAAGUAGAUCCCUCUGAUCUACGGAAAACUUGUAGGAGACUGAAAUCAAUACCUGAGCUUUCAAGUAUUAGUUACAUUAAUGCGCAGUAUUGCGCAGCUCUGGAAACAGUUUCAACACCAAAGACUGAUUGUAGAAAUCUUGACUUCAGAUUUUCUAACUGCUUCCGGCUGUUACAAGUAAAUCUGUUUACAGAUAUUGUUGAAACACAUUUUGUUUACCAGGAUUAUCAUCUUCGACCUCUUUCAUGCAAUACGUGUUUUCCUGAAAGUGAAAUUCCCAAUUGGUUCAGCCAUCAGUCCAGGGCUUCUUCAAUCACUGUCCAGCUACCACCGAAUUGGUUUGAUAAGUUGUUUUUGGGAUUGGCGCUAUGUGCUGUUAGUUGCUAUAAUGAGGCUGAUCCAAGUUAUGCACCUCAUGUAGCUGCUCUAUGUUACUGUACCUUCAAAGGAAAUCAAGGUGACCACAAUUUCAGUUUUAUUUGCAAGAUUGCGGAUUCCUGGAGUCAGAUCACUUGUUCAUGGAAUACGUACCAUGGUCUAAAUUUAGCUUGGCUGAAAAAGGAGAGCCGGUGAAUGAACGCUAUUACAUUGAGGCCACAUUUAAGAUUGUAGUAGAAAGUACAUGUAAUUCCAGGUCAGAACGCCAUUGCAUGACGAGUUACGGACUUCGUUUCUUUCAUGAUAAUUAUAUGGAAGUGCAAAGUGAAAGCAUGGCUCAGCCCACAAAUCAUAUUGAAGGACUUGGAGCACCUUUCUAUCCUGACUGGUUGGAAGUAAGAAAGAGUGAAACAGAGUGGGAGGCAGGGUCAUCGGAGUCGGAUGAAGAGAGAGGCACGUGCCAAACAUUGGAGCUGUUACCAGAGAAACAGACCAAGAGUAAAGAAGAGCAGGAGAUAAUGGUGGUGGCGGAGCAGGGGGAGGGGUGCCAAGUGUUAGGUUCGGUAUGCUGCUGCUUGUCAUUGUCUGGAUGCACUAUGUCUUUGAGAAAGAGAGAAACAGAAAGAGAAGGAAACAGAGUCACGAGUCCCUGAUGAUGGGGAGAUAUCAGAGUUGGGCAGUCACAGUGGUCUGGUGGUGCCAAAUUCACAGAGUGAGGGCAAAGAAGAGGAAAAAUUGAUUGGGGAGGAGUCAUUGGAGAGGGUUGUUUGGGCCACGGUGCAGCUGCUUUUACUGGCUGGGUGAAGUAUGGUGUGGAAAUAGAGAAGUAGCAGAAGCAGAUGACUUUGGCUUGCAUAAAAGGAAGAAAGAUAAAUUAAAGAGGUGGCAGUAGUGAUCCAAGUAUGCAGACCUUUCAGGGGAGAUGCAUGUGUUUGGGUCAUCUGGAAAGGCAGAACAACAGAAGGAAAGUAUGCCUCAGUGAUUUCAUUCCCUCUUCAAAAGAAUGCGCCUUGUACUGGUACUAACAUUAAAGCUGUAAACACCAGGAUAAGAUAAGAGGAAAGCAGAGAAGGAAAAGGGAGUCUGGCAAAGUAUCAAUGGUCCAAUGUUAUCAAAGGUGAUCAUAUCUUACAAUCAGUGAUGACAUUUAACCUCAUCUUUCCAUCACAGAAAGGGAGAAUCAAAUCAAGAUGAGUAAUUGAUGCUAGCUAGCAAUGGCAUUUGGGUAGCUAGAACAUGUACCUGUCAUCCUAACCAUUUUCUCUACUAAAAACAACUGCGCAGCUGCAAUACUACUCUGCUGCCUCAAGUUGGUUCAGAGAAGUCUUGAUGAUGAUAUAUGUUGUCGUGCACUGCAGUCUGAAAUGACAAACAUUGACAUGUGAAUCUGCAAGCAUUUUAUGUCAUGAAUUUUAUUGGCAUUGAAAGAAGAAAAACACAAAACCCAGUUUAGUGUGGACAAGUCUGCAAGGUUGAAAUGUACUGUAAAUUAGUUAAUUACUUCUCUAGGAUUCUGAAUGCAUUGCCCUUGUGGCUUUUGUUCUUGGUUUUGAACUUUGUAUUGGUAAAGCUAUGUAUGAAGUGUUAACAGAGUAGUAAAAAUUACCUUUUUUACCACACUAUUACUGCAGCUUGCUUAAUUGGUUAGUGGUCUACAGCUAUUGUACACUUGUCAUUUUCUUAUGUAAUCUGGGAAGGUUUAUAACUGUGCACUGCCCUUCACUGCCCUCUUUUUCGAUUGUAACAGAUUGGCCUGAUCAAUAUAACAAAUUUCUCUCUGCUUCCGCUCUUUUCUGUGUUCAUGGAUUCAAGCUUUCAUGGCAUCAGGAGCCAGGUUCGAUCGGGACCGGAGUUCGAUAUUGGAGGCCUAGCUGCUUGAGGUUCUUCAAGCUAUUGCUUAUUUCUAUUCGUUUCUGGUUUUGAUUCAGCCAUAUUAGAGCAAGAUUCAAGUUUGAGAUAAGUUCCUCUUCUAAAUCUAGAAUUAUGGAAGCUCUGAAAAGUUGAAAUUUGUUGCUGAUUGCUGGUUCCGAAGCCUUGAUUCCAUGAUGGAAGUAGUGUGCUACUAUUUUAGUACAAGAUUUAUUGGUUUUUUGUUGUGAUUUGCUUGAGAUUGAAGUUUGGUGAAACCCUAAUUUUUGUUCAUAGACGAUUCAGUGCUGAGUUGUGCGAUUCACAGUGAUUUACUGGAAAUUGAAGAUUAUAGAAAUACUAGUUAUUGAUACCGGAAGCUUAAACCCCUGUCUCUCAUCUGAAAUUGUUCAAGUUCCAUAUAGCUGAAUUUUUUGCUGGAAUUAUUGCUUCUAGCUGGGAAGAUUGGCUACUUGUUACAAGGUCUAUAUAGUUUCUCCUACUGCAUCUUGAUAAAACCUUAAAUCUCAGAGAUAGAAAUGGCUUUACCUACUACUAAUGCAUCUGCUACUCACACUAUCUGCAAUUGAGUUUCUUGAUCAAUAGUGUAUUCUGUUUGCAAGAAGUCUGCUACUCUGAGGAUUCAAGUUGGUUGGACAUUUGUUACAAGUUGUUGUGUUGGAAGUGUUGCAGCUUGUAUUGAUAUCCACAGUCAAGCAUCAUGAAUAACAGUUUUGACUUGAGCAACUUUAUACUAUCCAAUUUCUGCAAUCUAAUUUCAGUUCGCUUAGAUGGCUCUAACUAUGUCACAUGGAAAUUUUUGUUGGAAACAAUGUUAAAAGGUUGUGGCCUAAUGAAAUAUGUUGAUGGUUCAUUCCCUUGCCCUUCUCAAUACUUGAUCACAGAAGAAGAUGGUGUCACAUGUGAAAUGACAACAGAGUACAUUACUUGGAAGCAAAACGAUUAUGUUGUUAUGGCUCUGCUUGCUGCUACUCUAUCUAGUGAUGUUCUCUCUUUUGUUGUUGGAAGUAAUACUUCUAGAGAAUUUUGGUGUUUGCUCAAGGAAAGGUUUGCUUCUACUUCAUGGUUUAACAAAGAGCAACUAAAGACCAACUUUUACAAACUCCAAAAAGGUUCAGAUUCUAUUGACAAGUACUUGGAUAGGGUGAAGAUGGCUUGUGAUCAGUUGGCCAAUGUUGGGAUUCAUAUGAUUGAUGAAGACAUAGUUGUCUCUGUUCUUCUUGGUUUGCCAUCAGACUAUACUACCAUGAAAACUAUAAUCAGGGCUAAGCAUAACCCCAUUUAUUUGCAAGAGUUAAGGUCUCUUUUGCUCAUUGCUGAAGCUGAACUUGAAGAGGUUCACAAGUCUAUUUCCUUGCCUUCCAAUACUGAAAUCGUAGCACAAGGUGAUAAUUUCAGAGGGACUACUACUACACCAACUCAUGUUACAGAUGCCAAAUAUGAUGUUACUACCUUGAUGCCUCCAAGUACUGUUGCCUAUUCAAGGUACAUGAAUGCUCCUUAUGUCAUUGCAUCUGUUCCUACAAUGACUUCUCCAUAUGCUGCAAAUACUGUUGUACAGAAUAAGAACUCCAUUAUGCAACUUUUGCCAACCCAUGAUCCCAUAUUCAAUCAAUGGUAUGUUCAACCACAAGGAAAUUCUGGAUAUGCUUUCAAUACUGGUGAAAGUCAGUACAAUGAAGCAUUCAAUUCUGGUGCUACUCAUCAAAAUGAAGGUCUCAUGCAACAACAUGGUUUUGGUUUCUCACAACAGAGUGAAGGUUUCUCACACCAAGGCUACUCAAGUUCAAUCAUGUGUCGGCUUUGUAAAAGGACUGGUCAUUCUGCCUCUAGGUGCUAUCAUAGAUAUUCACAACCUCAAAAUACACUCUCCAGCAGCUCUUUCAAUGUGAAAUGCCAAAUUUGCCAUUGUUUUGGCCAUAUUGCUCCGUCAUGCUCUCAAAGAUCUGCUCCCCGACAAAUUGUUACCUCUGGCGCUUCAUUGAGAUGUCAAAUUUGUUUGAAAACAGGUCACAGUGCAGCUGAAUGCUUCCAUAGGCAUCACUAUGCUUUCCAACCACCAACUUCUGUGAUACCUCAAUCUAUAGCUGCUUCUUUUUCGUCUCAUCCAUUGCCAAUUGUCACUGGUGCUCUACCAAGUCUCUGUCAUCCCUUGUUGCAUGGUAAUGCUUCUCAGUUACUGCCUCUCUUUCCUCCUGGCUGAAGCGCACAUCUGGCCUGAUAGCUUGCAGAUUUAUUCACCAAGGAUUUAUGCUCAACUCAACACUUGUACCUGUGUGCCAGCUUGAUGUCAGAGCCCUCCCAUCAAGCUGAGGAGGGGUGUUAACAGAGUAGUAAAAAUUACCUUUUUUUACCACACUAUUACUGCAGCUUGCUUAAUUGGUUAGUGGUCUACAGCUAUUGUACACCUGUCAUUUUCUUAUGUAAUCUGGGAAGGUUUAUAACUGUGCACUGCCCUUCACUGCCCUCUUUUUCGAUUGUAACAGAUUGGCCUGAUCAAUAUAACAAAUUUCUC